AGGAGGCAGGCAUGACUCUGGCACGAACGCCCACCAUCCUCGUGCCCACCCCUCGUCCACCCCUCGUCCACCAUGCCCUCCAAAACGUUCUUCGACCCCUCCACCGCUCUCGAUGUCCUCGAGCAGUACAAUCGUCUCGAUGGGCUCUCCGUCGGCGAGCUCAUGGACUCCACCGUCCACGGGGGUCUGACUUACAACGACUUCCUCCUCCUUCCAGGCAAGAUUGACUUCGGCGCCCACGAAGUCAUCACGGAGAGCAAGAUUACGCGCAACGUCGUUCUAAAAACACCGUUCAUGAGUAGCCCCAUGGACACCGUCACUGAGGGUGACAUGGCCAUAGCCAUGGCGCUCCUUGGUGGCAUUGGUGUGAUUCACCACAACCAGACGCCCGAGGAGCAGGCAGCAAUGGUGCGCCGCGUAAAGCGUCACGAGAACGGCUUCAUCACGGACCCCGUCGUCCUUUCCCCUUCGCACCGUGCCGAGGACGUCUUAGAUAUCAAGGAGCGUUUGGGCUUCGCUGGCGUGCCUAUUACAGAUACUGGUGCACUUGGUGGUAAGCUACUGGGCAUCGUUACGAACCGCGACGUUCAGUUCCGUGAUCCCUCUACUCCACUCUCGGAGGUUAUGACCACCGACCUCGUUACCGCUUCCGAGGGCAUCACGCUCGAGAAAGCAAAUACCAUUCUGCGCGACUCAAAAAAGGGCAAGCUCCCCAUCGUCGAUAGCGCGGGUCGCCUUACCUCCCUUCUCGCGCGCUCUGACCUGCUGAAGAACCAGGACUACCCACUUGCAUCGAAGUCGCCGUCGUCCAAGCAGCUAUACGCCGCCGCCGCGGUCGGUACGCGUCCCGCCGACCGCGAACGUCUCGCGCUCCUCGCGGAGGCUGGCCUGGACAUCGUCGUUCUCGACUCGUCUCAGGGCAACUCGGUCUUCCAGCUCGACAUGAUCAAGUGGAUCAAGGCGACAUACCCGAAGCUCGAGGUCAUCGCCGGGAAUGUCGUCACGCGCGAGCAGGCCGCGAGUCUCAUCGCCGCUGGCGCGGACGCUCUUCGAGUCGGCAUGGGCUCCGGCUCGAUCUGCAUCACCCAGGAGGUCAUGGCGGUCGGGCGGCCCCAGGCUACCGCCGUAUACGCCGUCGCCGAGUUCGCGAGCAAGUUUGGCGUGCCCGUCAUCGCCGACGGCGGGAUCCAGAAUGUCGGGCACAUCGUGAAGGCGCUCUCGCUCGGCGCAGGCGCAGUCAUGAUGGGUGGGCUGCUCGCGGGGACGACGGAGGCGCCGGGCGAGUACUUCUACCACGAGGGCAAGCGCGUGAAGGCGUACCGCGGGAUGGGCAGCCUCGAGGCGAUGGAGCAGGGGAGGCCCGGCCCGGCGUCGGCGGCGGCGCACGGGGCGGCCGCGAAGGGCAAGGGGAAGGGCCAGGGGAAGACGCAUGAGAACGCGGCGACGACCCGGUAUUUCUCGGAGUCGUCCGUGGUGAAGGUCGCGCAGGGCGUGUCUGGCGACGUGCAGGACAAGGGCUCGGUCAAGCAGUUCUUGCCGUAUCUGUAUGCCGGGUUGCAGCAUUCGUUCCAGGAUAUCGGGGUGAAGAGCGCGCAGGCACUCCAGGAGGGGGUGCGCCAGGGCAAGGUGCGGUUCGAGCUGCGCACGGCGAGUGCACAGGUAGAGGGUGGUGUGCAUGGCUUGCAUUCGUACACGAAGCGUCUUUUUGCUUGAUUGGGUUGGUCUGUGUACGUGUGUGUUAUCUAUUGUAUCGAUAGUUGGAUUGCAACGACGUUUAUGUGUGAGCUGCA